ACAGUGCCAGCUAGGCCUCCACGACAACGACUCUUCAGUGUCUCCUGCUGUAGCGAGAUGCCCGGAGUGAAAAUGGCUUACCGGUCACUACUGGCGCUGCUGGUGGUGGCUGUAACCUCUGCGGCAGCGGGGCAGCAGCAAUAUCCCCUGCGGCCCCUCCAGCACCCUGGGGAGGCAGAACUUAUCCUGCCCGAGGAGACCCAGCAAGUAGCAGUGGUGGCGGCCCACGACCUCCACGCCGCCGCUACAGGUUAUGACGGCUACGGAGGCUACGGAGGCGGCGGCGGCGGCAAGUCCUACGGCGGCCAUAGCAAGUACCAGGACGGCUACCACGACAAGGGCGGCUACAAGGGUCACAAAGGCUACUACGGGGACAAAGGCCACAAGGGAAAUCACUACGGCGACUCCGGCAAGGCGGGCUAUAGCUCCUACCACGACCUUCACGGCAGCAAGUACAAGGGCCAUGACGACGGGUACAAGCACUACGGAGACUCCCACUACGGCCAGAAGGGCAAGAAGGGCCACCACUACGGCGACAAGGGCUACAACAACAAGGGCCACAACGAUAAGGGAUUCAAGAACGUGUACCACAAGGAGGAGUACCAGCACACCAAGAAGUUCUACGACGAUGGUGACAACAGCAAGUACUAUGACAGUUACGAUGACUAUGACAGCUACCACAAGGGCAACCACGGCAAGGCCUAUAAGGGAGGAGAGUACAAGGGCGGCAAGUACCACGACACCCACGGCAAGAAGGGCUACAACGACCAGUCCAAGUACCACGACGACAGCUCCUCCCACAAGGGCCAUUACGGCAACGACGGCUACUACGGCCAGAAGAGUGCCUACGGCGACCAGGGCGGCCACAAGGGUUACUACGGAAACCAGAACCACAAGAGUUAUGGUGGCCAUAGUGGCGGCUAUGGUGGUCAUGGUGGUCAUGGUGGUUAUGGUGGACAUGGCGGCCAUGGUGGCGGAUAUGGUGGACAUGGCGGCCACGGUGGUGGAUAUGGUGGACAUGGCGGCCACGGUGGCGGGUAUGGUGGCCAUGGUGCCGGGCAUGGCGGCGGCUAUGGCAAAGGGGGAUAUAGCAGUGCCUAUGGAGGACAUGGCGCCGGGCAUGGCGGCGGCUAUGGCAAGGGCGGGUACUAGUGGUGUGCUCACACGGCCUGACUAAAUCACCAGGGAAGGCGUCCACUCAAUUGAACCUUAAUUUAUAAUAAAGAUUUUAUCAGCAAAA